AAGAAAUUCGAUUGCAAAAGAAAAGAUUGUGCUGCUCAUUAAAUUCAUGUUUUUGUAAUUUAAUUAUAUAUAUGUUAUAAAGAAGUUAAGAUUUUUGUAGUGCUGUAAAGUUAAAAUAAUAAAACAUAUAAAUAUGGAAGCUGUGCCGCGUUUGCAUAUGCUUUGGUUUGCGUUAAAGUCGAGUCCGGAGGGCACGUCUUUCGCCAAUUUAAAAAAGUAUAUUGCAGAGGUGUAUCAAGAAAAUCCCGAUGCCUAUUCGAAGGAUGUAUUUGCAUUGGAGACGCUACGCAAUCAAGCCAUGCAUCCCACAAAAGAUGGUUAUGCGAUAAUGAAACGUUAUUACUGUCAGCUGCAUUCGCUGCAAAAUCGUUUCCCACAACUUGCAGGCAAUAACUUCUUCACUUUUACCUGGAAGGAUCUUUAUCAAAGCCAUGUACACGAAGUCACAGAUAUGCGCUUUGAAAUGGCUGCUGUGCUCUUCAAUAUCGCCGCAUCUCAUACACAGGUGGGUGCUUCAGUUACGCGUGGUGAUGUAGAUGGCAUGAAAUUGGCAUGCACACACUUCCAAUGCGCCGCCUGGGCCUUUGGUGAACUACGUGAACGCUACACUAACGUCAACUCUGGUAAUGACUUCAUGACAACUGAGCUUUUGGUGUUCAUGCAACAAGUGUCCUAUGCACAAGCACAAGAGUGCAUUUUGGAAAAAUCACUCAUUGAUAAUCGUAAACCUAAUAUUGUGGCCAAAGUGACCGCGCAGAUAAUUGUGUAUUAUGGUGCUGCGUUGGCGGCCCUACUGACUGGAGGUGAUGAUGGUCCAGUGUCACAAGUGAUUGAAAGUUCAGUUUAUAAAUUGUGGAAAAAAUAUGUACGCUUCAAAAUUGCAUAUUUGAAUUGUAUAUUGUUUUUAUACCAAGGACAGCAUUCCGAAGAACAGCAAAAAAUGGGUGAACGGGUUACCUUAUAUCAGGCUGCCUGGGAUAAGCUGGAGGAAGCACGUAAAGAAUCGAAAGGGUUACCAGAUCAAAAGGAAAUAAUGGAGUCUCUAGUUUUCACGGCUGACGUAGUAGAGGCGAAACGAAAAAAUGCUAAAAAUGAAAAUGAAUUCAUAUACCAUGAGGCAGUGCCUGAACUUACAAGUAUAAGCGCAGUACAGGGUGCGAAUCUAGUUAAAGGUACACCAUUUAGUGUAACUGAUCCUGAAGUUUGUGGAGAAGAUAUAUUUGCGCGUUUAGUACCAAUGAAAGCGCAUGAAGCAAGUUCGUUGUACAGUGAAGAAAAAGCAAAAUUAUUACGAAAAUAUGGUGAACGUAUAGAACAACAUGAAACCGAAUUAGCUACCUUCAUGAGUUCCCUGUCUUUAGAUAAUCUCAAUAUAAAUGAGGAAAAAGCUAACAAAAUACCACAAGGCAUAGUAGACCGCUGUGCAGCUUUAAAUGCAAAUAAUAAUGCUAUUCCAGAUUUAAUAUCUGCUAUGUCACAGCUUGCAGAAAUAUGUACAGAUGUUGAAAAUAAUCUCAAAGAAAUGAGUACUGUUUUAGCAGAGGAAGAGCGACAGGAACAUGAAUUUCAAACGCUAACAGGUGUGAAGCGAACGCCUAAUACACAUUUCAUAGAACUUACUAGGGAAUACCAGAAAUACACUGAAGCACACAGUCGUGCUGGUGAAUCAAAUGACACAUUACGCAAAGCAAUGGAACUUCAUGUUAAUAAUUUAAAAAUACUCUCACGUCCAUUGCAAGAGAUACAACAAUCAGUUCCGAAACUUAGCUCUGAACUGAAUACCGCAGAGAUUUUUAAAGAAGUCAAAUUAAUUGUGAAUAAAGUAAAUGAGAUGAAGGCACAACGUUCUCAAUUUCAUGCAGAUUUACGUAUCGCUGUCAAUGAUGACGACAUAACUUCUAAAGUAAUUGCACACGGAUCCGAGGAGGGUCUAGAAAAUUUAUUUGAAAAAGAAAUCAGCAAACAUGAACGUUUAACACAGCUAAUCGAUCAAAAUCUACUAGCACAGAAAAAUAUUUUACAAGCUCUGACGGAUUCUUAUGCUAAAGCAGCACCAGUGCUAAAAACUUUAGCGGAUGUGAAACAUAAAAGAGAUUCUUUCUUCUCUUCAUUAGCUGCAUCAUAUGAUGUUUAUGAAGAUCUUCUAGCCAAAUCUGCUAAAGGCUUGGAAUUUUAUAAAAAACUGUCAGGUAAUGUACAAAAACUACUCACCCGUUUCAAAUCAGCUCGUGAUGUUCAAUCAGAAGAGCGACAACAACGUUUAAAAAGUGUUAGCAACAAUAAAACUCCGGUACCCAAUAUGUUUGUUCCCCCAAACACUAACACAACUUCAAAUACGCCAAAAUUACGCGAUUACUUAAAAUCCAAAAAUGCUACUGCUACUAGCACUUCUAACACAGGACUAACAGAUAAUACAUUAAACACAAAUCAAACAAUAUCUGCAAAUCAAUAUAUACCACCGGUAAGACCAAGUCCUUUGGGUUCAGAAAAUCCUACUCAAGCUGUAUGUUCAAGUAAUUACUAUCCAACUGCUGUAAAUUCAACAGCACCAAAUGAGCCACCACCACCCUACAGUUUGCAACAAACGCAAUUCUAUAACCCCAGUGCACCGGGUUAUAAUCCUAUGCACCAACAACAACCACAGCAAUAUAUAGCACCACCCGCAUAUACUUUACAAGCAUCGCCAAAUUCACGUUUUACUAAUCUAAAUGAGAAUAUGGCAAAUAUGUCACUUGCCAACAAUUAUAAUUCAACCCAACAACAAUUAUUGCAGCAGUAUAGUCAAGCUAGUAAUGCAUUACAACAACAACUACCCAUGCAACAAUCACUUCAACAGCAACAUUUAUUGCAACAGCAGCAACAACUAUUGCAACAACAACAAAUGACGCAACAACAGCGAUUACAACAGCAACAACAACCUUUACAACAGCAACAACAACCUUUGCAACAACAACAACAGCCUUUACAACCGCAACAACAGCAUUUGCCACACCCACAACAGCAGCAACAGUUAUUACAACCGCAGCAACAAGCAUUGCAACAGCAACAACAGCCUUUGCAACCGCAACAACAACUUUUGCAUCAGCAGCAACAGAUAUUACAACCGCAGCAACAACAACUUUUGCAACCUCAACAACAACAGCCUUUGCAGUCUCAGCAGCAGCCAUUGCAACAACAACAGCCAUUGCAACCACAACAAACAUUGCAACAGCAACAAUUAUCAGUACACCAGCAGCAACCACUGCAACAACAGUUACCGACAAUGCAACAAUAUGCACAUCCACAACAAUUGAAUUAUGACGCUGGACUAAUGCAACGAAAUCAACUGGUAAAUAACACUAAUGCUACAUCCAGUAACUCUAAUUUGCCACAGCAAUUUGUUGGUAUUGCAAGCACAUCAAAUCCACAAACUUUAAGUGGAGUUAACGCUGCACAACAACCUAUAUCGAGUAAUACAAAACAAAUAGGAGGCAUGCCAGCUACGCCUUACAACAGCGAUCAGCUGUCACAGCAAACAAUAAAUUAUCCAACACCGAAUCUACAACAACAAAAUAAUAGCAUCAAUACUAGUAAACCUAAUGCAACUAUAUCUUAUGAUAACCAGGCGAAUAUGGGUCAACAACCGCUCUCCGCUCAAUUGCCAAAUCAAAUAAACGCAGUCUUUGGCCAAACUCAAAAUAUUCAAGGUUCCUUACAACAAAAUCCCAUGCAACAAAUUCCACAAACACUGCAAGCACCAUAUGUUGUAAGUUCACAACAAAAUAUGCAAGAAUUGGCUGCUAAGAAUAUGAUGGCUUCAUCUACAUCUACUACAACGGCUAACACAUCUUUCAGUAAGUACGGCUCUAUGACCAAACAUCCUGGUUAUAGUUUCAACCCACAAACUGGAAUUUAUGAAUAUGGCAGCGGAUAUCAACAAACAAACAAUGCAAAUAAACAAUUCUAUGGACAAUAUACAUCAGCAUUAGUUUUACAGAAUGCGACACAAGUUGCAACCACAGAUUCUGAAAAUGCAAACAAAAUGAAUAUUGCAACUGGAUUUGAGUCUCCUGUUAUAUCUCACACAAAAGGCCAUGUCACAGAAAAUAAACUUGAUAACUUACAAUACUAUACACUUCCAUAUGGCUAUCAAUCAAAUGGUACAGCUCACCAGAACGUUCCAAAUUCUGCUGCGCCAAAUGCAAUGCCAGCUGUUACUAAUCUAAAUGCUCAGCAGCAAUUACAGGACCCGUAUACAUCACAACCACAGCAACAAGCACAACGACACUCCACUUACAUGCAGAGUGGCAGUGCUGCUAUUGCUAAUACACAAACUACCAAAAGUGCAGCUGAGUACGCUUCAAGUUCUCAGCAAGGCACACCAAAUAAUAUACAAAAAUCGAAUACGGAAAGUCCGAAUGUUACCAAAAGUGCUACAACCGCACCAGCUGCAGCGAGGAAUGUAAAAAAAUCCUCCAAUAUUGAUUUGCUUACUGGUAUAGAUUUUUCCGAAACUGCGACUAAUGUACCAGCACCUAUUCUGCCAGCACCCAUUUUAAAACCAGAAAUAGUCGCCAGUCCUGCACCAAGUCAAACAGGUGCAGCAACAGAACCGCAGACAGAAGUGGUAGAAGAAAUAAAAAAACCAAUUGAGGUGAAAGAUAUUAAGACCGUAAUCCCCAAUGAAACCGUGCAAUCAACCGUAUAUUCAACAUCGUCAGUACCAUUGCAAUUAUCAACGCCUACCGAUGCGCCUAUGACACGUAAACUAAGUUUCGAUAAUAUAUCGAUUUGCUCCGAUCUAAGUUCACUUGAUAAUAACUUCGAUUGGGAUUCUGUCUCACAAAUAAAAGCAGAUAAACAUUCCACAACAACGUCCACAACAUUCCUACUGAAACCAUUCGAUCCUUUUACCGAUGAUAAAAUACUAAAGUACUUUCACAAAGAAGUUGAACGUUAUGAAAAAUUAAUCGAAAGCUUAAAUAUAAAAAUGUUGAAUGGUAACACACAACUUUCUGCGAAAUGGAAAGAACUUCAAGAUAUGUUAGCUAAAGACAUGAACAACCGUACAACUACAGUUGCAAAAUUAUUUCCAGAGAAAAAUCGUUCAUUGGAUUGCUUACCGUACGAUCAUGCACGAGUUAAAUUAGAAAAAAAUACCGAUGAUUACAUUAAUGCAGCUUAUUUAAAUAAUCUUGGUUUUGGUUGCCCAAAUUUGAUUAUUGCGCAAACACCACAGCAAAACACAAUACACGACUUCUGGUCAAUGGUUUGGUCACAAAAAGCACGCACUGUUGUAUGUUUACAUACACCAAAUGAGAUGCUCGAUCCCUAUUGGCCGCAAAAUAUUAACAUAGAAACACAUUAUGAUGAUUAUACCAUAAAAUGUACUGAAAUUAAAACAUUGUCAUAUUGUACGAAAUAUAGUAUAAAAUUGUCAAUGCAUGGCGCUGAUCCUAUAAUUGAUGUGUCCGUUCUACAAAUUAAAGCUUGGACUAAAGGUAUACAAGCUCAACUCAUUGGUAUUGCAAGUAAUGCCUUGAAUGUGCAUCAGGAAAACUGUUUGGAAUUCAACACUUCAAACUCUCCCUUAAUAAUGAAUUGUUUAACAGGCUCUGAACGCUCUGAGUUAGUUACGAUAGCACUUUGUGCCAUUUUAGCUACACAAAAUAAACGUCCAACUCUGAUAAAUAUUGUUGAUGUUUGGUAUCAUAUUUCGUGUCAACGGCAAAAUGCUUUACGCGAUUCAAAUACGCUGGAACAAUCGAUGCAAAUUGUUUUGAGUCAUGCACAUGAUGUGCUUAAUAAACGUGGCAUUAUGACUUCAUAUCAAAUGAAGAUUGCACCACAAGUUGCUUCUAAAGAAAAGGAAGAAAUGAAAGAUCCACUUAACGAACUAGAUCCACUGUGGAAAUUAAAAUGAAAAAUUCAAACUACUACAAAAAUAAAUAUAACUGAAGGUUUGAAUAGAGUUGAAUUGACUCAACUAUAACUGCAUACAGUCUGAAAGUGAAUAAAAAUAAUUAUCUGGAUUUAAUUCAAUUUAAUUUUUAUUUGAAUUAAUUAAUUUUU